UACUGGAAGCUGUCAGUGAAGUCAGCAAAGGGAGUCCAAAUUCUAGAAAUCGUAGAGUAGGCCUAUCCACAACAUUCAUUGUUGUUUAUAUUCUCUAGACGUUACAGAGGAGUACACAUAAAGAUUUGGCAACAUAUAGGGUUUUUCCGUCAAAUCAGUCAUUAUUUUCUAGCUGUUUAAAUCAGCUGUAUGUUAUUCCCUGGCCAGAUCUAAUUAAACCAGCAAUGGCGUUGAAAAGAAUCCAGAAGGAGCUGACAGACCUGCAAAGGGAUCCUCCUGCCCAGUGCUCAGCAGGACCAGUUGGCGAGGACUUGUUCCACUGGCAGGCCACCAUAAUGGGCCCGAAUGACAGUCCCUACCAGGGAGGAGUGUUCUUCCUCACCAUUCACUUCCCCACAGAUUACCCCUUCAAACCGCCAAAGGUUGCGUUUACAACAAAGAUUUACCAUCCAAACAUCAACAGCAAUGGGAGCAUUUGUCUGGAUAUUUUAAGAUCCCAGUGGUCGCCAGCACUGACUGUAUCCAAAGUCCUGUUGUCCAUCUGCUCUCUGCUGUGCGACCCGAACCCUGAUGACCCACUGGUACCCGAGAUCGCACACACCUACAAAGCCGACAGGGAAAAGUACAACAGACUAGCAAGGGAAUGGACUCAAAAGUAUGCCAUGUGAGAGCCAACAGAACACAUGUCAAAAAACCACUACAAAAGAGGCAAGAAGCAAAGGAACACAGAAAAAAUAUAUAUGUUUUAACAUUUUUAACACAAAGGAGUUGGAACCAGACAGACAGGGGGACAUCAUAAAUGAAAAAAACAACAACUGACAUACCUUUUUGAAUUGUCCAAAAAGGGAGAGAACAAAAAACAAACAAACAAAAAACAGACAAACGAACAAACUAAUGAAAUGGACAGCUCCAGUCCUGGGACUGCCUGGCCCAUGUGUGUGACUGUGACGUCUGUGUGGGCUGUCUGGCUGGCUGUUUGGCAAUCCGCAGGGUGCCUCUCCGCGUCCCCACGUGUCCCUAUCUGUGACCUGGGUCACACCCAAGCGGAGUGGCGCCAAGGUCUGCACGGCACACAGGCCACCACCUCUACUACCACUGUAGUACUGCCCCUACUACCGCCAACGCCACCAGAAUCAUCACCACAAACCCAGGAUAAAAAAACAACACAAACAACCAACAACACUAGACUUUAACUACUCGUAGUGCUACUACUGUUAUUGUGGUUCACACAUUAUUAUUAUUAUUAUUAUUAUUAUUAUGAUUACAAUAAGUGUUACUUCUCAUGAAACGUUUAUUGCGCUUGUGGUCACCAUUGUUUUUGUCAUCAUGGCCAUGGCUGGAUGGCUGGUGUCAGAGGAGCCAGUGCAGCCAUUCUGAAUGUUCUUCUUGAAAUCGGGGGAAAAAGGAAAUAAGGGAGCCACUACUUGUCCUGCUCUGCUUUACUCCCUGCCACAAAGUGGUGCCAGGAGGGUAUCUGCUCCAUGACUGGCUGUGCGUUUUAAUUUUUGUGAGCAUACAUUUUUAUUUUAUUUUCAUUUUUUUGUUGAUUGUAUUGUGUCAUUUCGGUAACGUGAUUUGGAUUGUGUUGGAUGAGAUUUGAGUUCCCUUAGUGCAAUGACACUAAGCCUGUGCAGUGCCCAAUUAUAGAUGACCACUGCCGUCACACACACACUACACUACAGUGGGCACUCUCUCUCUCUCACACACACACACACACACACACAUCUUCGUGCCUGUUUUUUUCUGGUUGGGCUUACAAAAAAAGAGGCUACCACCAUUCUGACCUCAACUCUAGAAGGGUUUAAUUUGUGUAGUCUUUCACGGCUAACUGCUGUAGAAUGUUGUUGUAACAAGAUCUUCUGGUGCUGCGGAAAAACCCGCAAAAAAGCCCUCCCCCCAAAAAAAGAAAAACUUAAAAAAAAAUCAAAUUUUUUCAGCUAUCAGGAUAGAUGACAGAUGGGCUUGGUGAAUGGCCGUUAUUUAAUCUCCAGAAUAUACAGUAUCUUUGAUUUGAUAUAUUUGAAUGAGGAUUGACAACGAUAACCCUGUCUCUGGUGACACAGCUGACCACCUUCUUCACAAGGCCAAAAUCAGACACUGACGGUAGGCUACACAGGAAGCAGUGGGGUGGAUUGCUUCCUCUCGUACGUUUGGUGCUCCACUUGGAACAUAGAAGCAGUGUAAUAGUGUUCUAAUUGGCCACAUCUGUGUUUUAGGUCCUUCUAGAUCUUUUUUGUGUUCUACUCAUCUCCAUGCUUUCUCCUGAAAUUUGUGCAAUAGGCAGAGACCAUGUAGGCUCUUGAUCUGAAAAAAACCCCUCCUAGCCCCAAACCCCUCACUUUUUACUGUGCACACAUCAGGUCGACUUUUAUCGUACAGCCUGAUGACGUGAAUGCUAAUAGUCGACCAUGAAAAUUGAAACCCUUGGGCCACUCAGUUUGGAGAGGAAAAAGUGAAGACUAUAGACAUUUAUGUUUUUUUGUUUUAGUCCUGUGAACCAGCCUUUGACUUUACCCAAAGGACAUAACCUCAGUAUUGACAUAACUUAAUGUUACUUUUUAUUUUUCAUUUUUUUUUUAAAGAUGUCUCCCCUUUCAUCCAUCUGUGAAGUGACACAGAUGGGUUAACCUGUGUGAGUGAGUGUUUCCUACAAUAACAAAAAAUGGAGUAUCCAUCGUGCUGUUUCAUGACACGAGACUGUAACCAUUGCAUGUGCAUGUUACAGUAGAGAUCUAAGAUGUAGUUUACAACGUAAAAGGAUCCAUAGCAGACACUAUUUUGUGUAAGUAACUCAUAAAACGUCUAAAGAAAAUAUUAGACGGUGCUCUUUCCUUUCAGCCGAGUAUUACCUGUACAAAAGACAACUGGAAAUGUAAAAAAGAAGAAGAAGAAAAACAUGGAAACUGCUCUGCUACACAGACUCGCCUCCAUGACAGGACACCAUGUUUGUAGUUUAUUAACUGUUUGGGAAGGUGCAUAUUGGGACAUGUAUGAAGGCAAUAGACUCUUAGUACACACUCAACUCACUAUCUUUAUACUGAAGAUGCUUUUUGAUUUUAUUACUUUUACAUAUGCGCACCUCUCUCUCUCUCUCUCUCUCUCUCUCUCUCUCUCUCUCUCUCUCUCUCUCUCUCUCCCUCUCUCACUCUCCAUUUGGUCGUUCACUAAAACUACUAACUUUUUUAUGCAUUUCCUUUCUUUCUUUUAAAGGUUUACUAUUCUGUACAAACCCCAGCCCAGGUGCUGCAGGAUUCGGAUAUCGUUAGGGUUUGGUUUUCUUACUGUACUCUUUAAGUUUCCCCACCUGCUUGCCCCAUCUUCACUGUGUGUUUAUUUUUGGAUCAGAGGAAUGAAUCUUGCCAUAGCAAAGGGAAAUCGAUCAUGCUGGAAGGAGGAGAGGAGACACUGGGACACGCUUGGCUUUGCACUCGCUUGUGUGGAGGAGAGGAGAGGGGAGGGGAGGGGAGGGGAGGCGGCCCUGUAUUCUUGCCUGAGGCUCAUUUGACUGAGGUGUCGGCCCAGAUAAAAGAUGUUACAGUGGUUUUGGAUAAGCUUGUCUGCAACCCUGCUUGUUUGUAGUCUUCACCAUACACAGAGGUACUCACGCUCUUUGUUUUUGGGGUACUCAAAAUUUGCCAUUUUGUUCGCCUGAAAAAGGCCUCUCUUCUUUGCUCUUUUUUUCUAUUAUCUUUGAAUAUCACAGUGAAGAUCUGACUUGUAAUAUCAUUUCAUAAGUUGGUAUUUAAGCACUGAAAUGUUUUUUUCUUGGGUCAUUUUUUUGUUUGUUCUGUACUUGAUAUGCCUUGAUAGUUUGAAAAAAGAAAAGUUGACAGAGAACACAGUGGUGGGAUAGAAAAAAAAGAUCUGAUGGAACCUCACAGAACUUAACAUUGAUGUGGUUUUGCUGUGUAUGUGUCCACAGAAUUUGUUAUUUUUUGAAUGUAAUCUCCUGAAUGCAAACUGAAUCUCUCUCUCUCUCUCUCUCUCUCUCUCUCUCUCUCUCUCUCUCUCUCUCUCUCUCUCUCUCUCUCUCUCUCUCUCUCUCUCUCUCUCUCUCUCUCUCUCUCUCUCGAUGGAUGGAACUGCAUUGUUUUUUUGCUGUAGUUGUUGUUCAUGCAUUGGCUUAAAUGUUGAGGAGGUUUGUGCAUAGAUAACCCUCACUAGACAUGGCUGACUGAAGCUCACUGGUUGUGCUCCACGUAGUUUGUGAUGUCUAUUUAUUUAUUUAUUGUUUUACUAUUUAUUUUUUUGUUGUUAUUGUUGUCGUCUUCCACCAAAAUGUUUGAAAUGCAGUCAGCGUAGUGUUCACGAUGGAGCUUUAGGUGACGGGACGUCACGAGAGGACAGCUUUUAGAUGUGCAGAAUGGACUACAGGUCAGACACACACACACAUACACACACACACACACACACACACACACACACACACACACACACACACUCAUCAGCAGGUCAACAAUGACCACCUGGGACAGCGGCACGCUUACUUCGAGAGAGAGAGGGAGGAAAAAAGAAAAAAAACAACAAAAACAAACAAAUCCAAUACUCUCGACAGCCAUCUGCGAAAUAUCAGGGAUUUCUGUACCAUAUGCCUCUCCUGACACCUUCAAUAAAAAUCUCAGCCUUAACUGUCAUUUUAUAGCUACUGUAUGGGUACUGUAAAGCAGUGUGUAUGUAUGCGUGUGUGUAUCUUUUUUUUUCUUACUUCCCACAAAGGGAACAAAAGUAAGUUUUAUUUUGUUUUCUUGCUGUUUUAUUUGUUUUGUUUUAUUGAGGAGAUUACACAGAGAAUUUACUUGUCGUUGUAUAUCUGACUGCGUAGCGCACGGCCGCAAUGUGGCUUGUGUGCCAAACUCACCUCUGUGGUUUUUGAUUUGUGUAGGAUAUUAUGUACUAAAGACCUCCUGACGUCAUCAUAACUAACACCCUUUCCUCCCCCUUGCAUCCAGUCACAGUCGGUGUCUGACUGUGAACCAGGAAAAAAGACUCUCAAGUUGUUAAAAUACAUGAAUAAACGCUCCUUUUGUUUUA